CGUAUAGCUUUGUUGUUGGGGUGUGUGUGUAUGUGUGUGUGUAUGUCUGUGGAUGAGAGAGAGAGAGACUCCCUCUCUCUCUCUUCCUAGCUGAUGGACUCUCUCGUUGCUGAUCUCUCCUUACCUGGAUGCCUGUCCUCAGUGGGUUGAUCCGCUCGGCUUGCCAGAACAUUUGGUCUGCUUAAUCCCCCUCUGACGCCCACAUUUGAGGGGCCAAGAGGCAAAAGGAGAAGAAGGGAAGGGGGAAAAAAUGACCGGGGUGCAAAUAAACAAAUGAGUAGCAGCUCUGGAACGAAACAUUGACUAAUUCUGGGCUUGACCUUCCAUGGCAGAAUGAAUCAGCAAAGUCAACAACCUCCCAAACCCCAACAGUACCUGGUCAUACCAAAUUGCUGAUCCCUUCCAUAUCUCUUGAUAGCUGAGAGAAGUAAAACAGAUGAUAAGGCAGCGCUGAUAUUUUUUAAAGUACUAUACAAUGGUUCUCUGGGAGGAUACCGUUCCUAAUUAACAACAACGCCAGCAGAGAGCUUUCUCAGAAUCGUGGCAUUUUUAUUGCACAUCAAGACAGUCUCCAAAGGAGAAGCUAUGCUUGUGUAGCUAACAGCACAAAUUGUACAACUAAAAAAAGAAAUAGCAUAGAGUACGUUAGAGUAUAAAAACCACACACUGUGCUAGAUAUAUCUAGACAUAUAGACUCAAAAUGGAUGAUGGCCAAAGAAACAAAGUGAACCAAGUUUCCGAUGAUUACCGGUACCAAGAUGGCGGCUAUGGAGGUUAUGCUCCCAAUGAUGGAUAUUAUCAAGGUGGGGAGGAGCCAGCUCAAGAGGAAGAUGCUCAAAGCGAUGCUACCGAAGGGCACGAUGAAGAUGAUGAAGUCUAUGAAGGAGAGUACCAGGGCAUCCCUCACCCAGAUGACCUCAAGAAGCAGAAGAAGAAGAAAGCCCCAGAGGUGGCUGAUGAGUUCAGAGACCACGCCGACCUCAUGGCGGAGAAGAUGGAGGAUGAGGAGCAGCUGGCCCACCAGUACGAAAACAUCAUUGAGGAAUGUGGUCAUGGACGCUUCCAAUGGAUGCUGUUUACUGUCCUUGGCUUGGCACUGAUGGCAGAUGGGGUGGAGGUCUUUGUGGUUGGCUUUGUUCUACCCAGCGCUGAGAAGGAUAUGUGCUUGUCACGCUCCAACAAAGGAAUGCUAGGACUGAUUGUCUACCUGGGCAUGAUGCUGGGGGCUAUUAUGUGGGGUGGCCUGGCAGACAAACUGGGCCGGAAGAAAUGCCUCAUCCUGUCUCUCUCCAUCAAUGCAUCUUUUGCGUUCCUGUCCUCGUUUGUACAGGGAUAUGGCUUCUUCCUCUUCUGUCGCCUUAUCUCUGGUUUCGGAAUUGGAGGGACUCUGCCCAUUGUCUUUGCCUAUUUCUCCGAAUUCCUGUCUCGUGAGAAGAGAGGGGAGCAUCUGAGCUGGCUCUGCAUGUUCUGGAUGAUUGGAGCCCUCUACGCCUCCAUCAUGGCCUGGAGCAUCAUCCCGCAUUACGGAUGGGGCUUCAGCAUGGGGACCAGCUACCACUUCCACAGCUGGAGAGUUUUCGUGGUUGUCUGCUCUCUGCCCUGCAUCGCGUCUCUGGUUGCCCUGAAGUUCAUGCCAGAAAGCCCACGGUUUUUGCUGGAGAUAGGCAAGCACGACGAAGCCUGGAUGAUCCUCAAGCAAGUCCACGACACCAACAUGAGGGCCAAAGGCGAGCCAGAGAGGGUGUUUACGGUAGCCAACAUAAAAACUCCAAAGCAGAUAGACGAAUUCAUUGAAAUACAGUGUUCUACAGGGACGUGGUACCAGCGUUCUUUUGUUAGAGUGACAACCACCCUCAAACAGGUUAUGGACAAUGUAAUAUACUGUCUGACAGCCCAGUACAGAAUGAACACGCUGUUCCUGGCAAUUGUGUGGUUCUCAAUGGCCUUAAGUUACUAUGGCCUUAUCGUCUGGUUCCCUGACAUGAUACGGUACUACCAAGAAGAAGCGUAUAAGUCCCGUGAGAAAGUCUUUAAUGGGGAAUCAGUGAAGGAUAUCACCUUCAACUUCACCUUGGAAAAUCAAAUCCACCAGAAUGGGACAUAUUUCAAUGACAAGUUCAUCAAAAUGAAGUUUCGAGAUGUGACUUUUGAGGACUCUGUGUUUGAGGAAUGCUACUUUGAAGAUGUGACAUCGAGCGAGACCUUUUUCAAGAACUGCACCAUUAUAAAAACUGUCUUCUUUAACACAGACCUCUACAAGCACAAAUUUGUCGAAUGCAAGUUUGUGAAUGCCACCUUCUUGGAGCAGAAGAAGGGCUGCCACAUGGAUUUUGAGAGGGACAACGACUUCCUGGUUUACCUUGUCGGCUUCUUAGGCAGCCUCUCAGUCUUGCCAGGCAACAUUAUCUCAGCCCUGCUGAUGGACAAAAUAGGUCGGAUCAAGAUGAUUGGGGGUUCCAUGCUGAUCUCUGCCGUGUGCUGCUUCUUCCUGUUUUUUGGCAACAGUGAGUCGGCCAUGAUUGGCUGGCAGUGCCUAUUUUGUGGUACCAGCAUUGCUGCCUGGAAUGCCCUGGAUGUGAUCACUGUGGAGCUGUACCCCACACAUAAAAGAGCCACAGCCUUUGGCAUCCUCAACGGGCUCUGCAAAAUUGGGGCCAUCUUCGGGAAUGCUAUCUUUGCCUCCUUUGUUGGGAUAACCAAAGUGGUCCCCAUCCUCCUGGCAUCCUCUGCUCUGGUGGCAGGAGGCCUCCUUGCCCUGAGGCUGCCAGAGACUCGCGACCAAGUCCUGAUGUGAGCCG